UUGAGAUUGACAACAAGAUGCACACUCACCAACCACUUUAAUGGGUACACCUAGUCAGGAAUCAAGAGGACCUGCAGAACCUCAAACCGAGCAACAGGAUGGGGAAGACAGGUGAUUUAAGUGACUUUGAUCACGGCGUGGUUCUUGGUGCCAGACAGGCUGAGACUGCUGAUCUCGUGGGAUUUUCACGCACACAACCCUUUCUCUGGUUUUAUGGAGGAUGGUCUGAAAAAGAGAAAACACCGUGUAAGUGGCUGUUCUUAGGCUGAAAUUGCCUCAUGAUGAGGUCAGAAGAGAACGGCCCGACUGGUUUGAAAAAUGAUUGAAAGGCAACAGCAACUGAAAUAACCACUUGUUACGUCUGAGGUAUGCAGAAGAUCACAACAACACGUGAUCCCACAACACCUCAGGCCUCGAAGCAGCCCGAAGACCACUGGGUCCAUGUAGACUGACGCUGAUGGCAUCUGUGAAAUCCCAGAUUAUGACACACAAGUUAGUAUAGAACAUAAAAACCUUGUAGCAGCACACACACGGUGGGACUUCAUAUCUAGUGUUGAGGAGCCACGAAGACAGAAAUCACCACAACUGUUUCACACUGGUCAUAUUUUGUCUGGGACACCCUAAAAUCACACACUGUACACCGGGCAUUAGAUGAGUAAACAUACAUGGAUGGAGCCCUCUGGCUGUACUUUGCCAACCAAAUGUUUUCAGACGAAAUGCAGGUAAAUAUGGACAAUUGUCUAUAUUUGUGACACACAUACAGAGGAGAGAGCUCAUUUUAUUAAAUGUGCAAAAAACUACCUGCCAAUAUUUGAUUUGCAAAAUGUUGUAAUGGUACAACCUGGGAGUGUGCAAACCAACCCCUAUCUUGCAAGGUCAAAAAAAGUUAAAAUCCUGAAUCCAAAUCCGUGGCUGGAUCACCACAGAAAUCUAAUCUUUUCAUUCUUGGACCAUAACCUCCACAGAAAAUAACAUCACAGUUAAUUUCCUUUUCUUUUUGAGUUUUGCUGCUUACAGACAACAGAAAACAGGGCCUCUGUUGAACGAGUGGAUGCUGAGUCUCCCCCUUGUGGCACUUCAAAAUAAACCGCUUGGACUGUAUGUUGGUAUGGACAGCGCCAUCACACUGUGGCAGUUCCUGCUGCAGCUGCUGCUCGACCAAAGCCACAAGCACCUGAUUUGCUGGACGUCCACAGAUGGCGAGUUCAAGCUCCUCAAGUCGGAGGAAGUGGCCAAGCUCUGGGGGCUCCGCAAGAAUAAGACCAACAUGAACUACGACAAGCUGAGCAGAGCCCUGCGCUACUACUACGACAAGAACAUCAUUAAGAAGGUGAUCGGCCAGAAGUUCGUCUAUAAGUUUGUGUCCUUUCCUGAGAUCCUGAAGAUGGACCCGCAGGCCGUGGAGAUGGGUCUGGCCUCUGGGCGCUUUCCCCUCCAGGAAGGAGAGGCUCCUGAGCUGGACGUGGAGGAGGAAGAGGAGGAAGACGGGGAGGAGGAGGCACAGAGGAGGGCCCUGGCAGCGCUGGGGGCUCAGCAAUGUCGUAACGACUACCUCCGCUCAGGUCUCUACUCCUCCUUCAGCAUCAGCUCCCUUCAGAACCAGCCGGAGCUGCUCCGAGCCCUGCGUGAGCGCCAGGAGGAGUCCUGCUCCGUCAUCCGCUUUGGCACCAACGCCAACGAGAGGAGCUCCCCUCCCUCUGCCAAGCCAGAGUCCUACAUCUCCCCCAGGCCGUCCAGGCUCUCCUCUCAUUCCCAUUCCCCAUCUCCCCCCCAUACCCAGCCUGGACGAAGCUGGGGCACUGGUGUCAAGGAGGGGGAGGGGGACUCUGACCAGAGCGCUCAGCCUCUCAACCUCUCCUCCGGGCACCGGGAGCGAGCUCUGCAACCUCCAGAGAAGAGAAGCAGCAGCAGCAGUGGUAGAAGUAGUUCUGUUGGUAAUGGUAACCAUAGAGAUGAACUCCCACCAAAAAGCAAGAAGCCCAAAGCUCUGGAGAUCUCUGCCCCAUCCCUGCUGCUGGCAGGAAGUGACAUCGGCUCCAUCGCCCUCAAUAGCCCAGCGCUCCCGUCUGGCUCCCUGACUCCUGCCUUCUUCACUGCACAGACUCCCUCUGGUUUGUUGUUGGCUCACAGUCCGCUGUUGUCAGGCAUCCACUUCUGGAGCAGCCUGAGCCCCGUCGCCCCACUCAGCCCCGCCCGGCUGCAGGGCCACAGCUCCCUUUUCCAGUUCCCGAGCCUAAUCAACGGACACAUGCCUGUUCCUCUGCCAAACCUGGAAGGAACACCCUCCUCCCUGCUCCUGUCCCCCAACACCCACAAAUCCUGAUCCAGGGUCUGUGAAAAACCUCCCAUCUUCGUCCACCUCUUGUUGAAAGUCAUUGUCACCAUCACCAUCGUCGUCGGCACCAGCAGUGACCUCUUGUCAAAACCCGCUUCAGAAAAGUCCUACGAGACAGUAUGUGACCUCAGUUUAUUUUGCACUUGAGUUGCGUCAGAUUCCAGUGGUUGAAAGCACUUGGUUUAAAAAAAAAAAAAAAAAAGCCAUAUUGCCGCGAUGUCUGUGAGGCGUCUGAGGCCAUUUGUGAUAAAGUGCAGCACAUGCCCAUGCGACCCUGUUCACGAUGAACAGCAGUGAUGUGUUGCGAGCUGAAAGACGCUAGCCCGCCGCUCAUUCUGCGCUUCAUGCGCAGUUGUUUUUAAUCUUGCUAGACACAGAUAAACAAUGUUUUUUUUCCCUAAAAUAUUCAUCACAAUGCGAGACCGGUUGUUUCACUGGUGUGGUAUUGUAUGUAACGUAUGCACUAUGCUUCUCAGAUAGUACCGGCUGUGCCUUGUUGUCCUUUUUUUUUUUCCCCUCUUUAUUUCAAAAAUAUUUUAAUGAAGACGAGAUUUCAAAUCAACGAAAAAAAAACAACUUUGUAAUGCUUGUAAUGUUCUUUUUUUAUAUAUAUAUAUAAUGGACUUGGUAUACAGUAUGUAUUCUGUAUAUUUUUUUGUAUUGUGAAGAAUGUCGUGUCAUUUUCAAUAAACGAAGCAUUGAAUGCUUGAA